UGUGUUGGGAGCUUUAUUUUAUUUUAUUUUUUAUGAUGGGGGAGGCGGGAGGAGACCAUUUCACAUCUUAACAUUUUGGAGAGGUUAUUCUGAAAAAUAUUCUCUCUGACAGUUGGGAAUGCCCAGGGCCACCGGGAUGACGCGCUCUAGCCAGUGUGGGCAGCUGAGAGUUGAAUGCCCGUGGCCCUGGCAGUUGGGGUCCGGAAAAUAGCUAGAGGCAGGCUUGGUUUGGACUGCCCCCCGCCCCGGGUUAGGGGCUUCAGGCGGUCGGGCGAGUGGGGAGCGUCCGGCUCACCCCUGCGUGGAUUUUCCGCAUGAAGUUGCCUGAGCGUCACAAGAGCGAAAUGUCAGAGAUUAAGAAUGACCCAAAAGACAUCACAGCUUUGUUCCGGAGCCAAUGUUUAUACUCAAGUGCCUGAUGGAGGAUGGGGCUGGGUGGUAGCUGUCUCUUUUUUCUUCGUUGAAGUCUUUACCUACGGCAUCAUCAAGUCAUUUGGCGUCUUCUUUAAUGACUUAAUGGACAGUUUUGAUGAAUCUAAUAGCAGGAUCUCAUGGGUCAUAUCAAUAUGUGUAUUCGUCUUAACAUUUACAGCUCCCCUCUCUGCUGUCCUGAGCACCCGUUUCGGACACCGUCUGGUGGUGGUGACAGGGGGUCUGCUUGUCAGCACAGGAAUGGUGAUGGCCUCCUUCUCCCGCGAGCUCUACCACAUGUAUAUCUCAAUCGGCAUCAUAUCCGGUUUGGGAUACUGUUUUAGCUUCCUACCAACGGUCACCAUUUUAUCUCAGUACUUUGACAAAAAGCGAUCCAUGGUCACUGCGGUUGCCUCCACGGGAGAAUGCUUCGCGAUGUUUGCUUUCGCCCCAGCAAUCACGGCUCUGAAGGACAACAUCGGCUGGAGAUACAGCCUCCUUUUUGUGGGCUUGCUGCAGUUGAACAUCGUUGUCUGCGGGGUGCUGCUAAGACCAAUUAUCAUCAGAGCACCAGGGUCCCCAAAAGCAACCGCCCACGAGAAUCGGAAAGACGUGCAAUAUAUGCUCGAAAAUGAGAAAACACGCACCUCGCUAGACUCCAUUGACUCAGGAGUAGAACUCACUACCUCACCGAAAAAUGUGCCUAGUCACGCCAACACAGAACUGGGGCCGAAGGCCGACACGCAGCAGAUCCUGGGGAAGACGAGCUCCAAGCCCGGCGAUGAGAAAGCCCCUUUACUGGACUUCUCAAUCUUGAGAGACAGAAGUUUCAUCUGUUACGCAUUAUUCGGUCUCUUUGCAACACUGGGGUUCUUUGCACCUUCCCUGUACAUCAUUCCCUUGGGCAUCAGUCUGGGCAUUGAGCAGGAGCGAGCUGCUUUUUUGUUAUCCGCGAUGGCCAUUGCUGAAGUUUUUGGAAGGAUUGGAGCCGGUUGCGUCCUCAGCAGAGAGCCCAUUCGCAAGAUCCACAUCGAGCUCAUCUGUGUCAUCUUACUGACAGUGUCUCUGUUUGCCUUUACUUUCACGACCGAAUUCUGGGGUCUCAUGUCAUGUAGCAUCUUUUUUGGUGUCAUGGUCGGAACAGUAGGGGGUACCCACAUUCCGCUGCUCGCCGAAGACGAUGUCGUGGGAAUCGAGAAGAUGUCUUCUGCGGCUGGAGUGUAUGUCUUCAUUCAGAGUAUAGCAGGACUGGCCGGACCCCCCCUUGCAGGCCUGCUGGUGGACCGGAGCAAGAUUUACAGCCGCGCCUUCUACUCCUGCGCGGCGGGCAUGUCUGUGGCUGCCGUGUGCCUCGCGCUCGUGAGACCCUGUAAAAAGGGACUGUGCCAGCAUCACCCUGCAGCCGAAGGACAGGCAGAGGGUCCUCGUGGGAAAGCUUUACAAGACAUACCUGAAGACUUUCUCGAAAUGGACCUCGGGAGGAAUGAGCAUAAGGUUUACGUGAAAAUGGAACCAGUAUGACAGGUGUCCCAGGAAGGGCCGCCACCCUGCUGGCUGGGAGGCGGGCGGACGGGGGAGG